AAAAGUAUAGUUAAAGAACAGAAAAAGAAAUUAGCAUCAUGCGAGUGAAGUUAGCAAAUAGUUUCCUUGACUUGGCGGCUAAAGUUUGAGAGUUUCCCCGCCACCGCCACCGCAACCGAUCACCGGCACGGUGUGAAAUCAGUUUCUUCUUAAUGGCGCGUUCCUUAUGCCCAUCCAUUCCGAACACUUCCACCUUCUCUGAUUUCUGCAAACUAUACUCCUCCUCUCACCAUUUAUGUUUCCACUCCCCAAAAUCAAACCUGCAAUUUAAGCCUCGUCGGGGCCCAGAAGCGCGGCCCCUGGGUAACCGAAAGAGAAGAAGUUCAAAGAAGCUUACUGCGUCGAGCGAAGGAGCGAAUGGUUAUGGGAGUAUAGAAGCAGAUGGGUAUAAUGGGUCGGUGGAAGAUAAGCAAUUCGUGCGUUCCUUUCGCGAGGCCUGGCCUUACUUGUGGGCCUAUCGUGGCAGCACCUUCGUUGUCAUUAUUUCUGGAGAAAUUGUUUCUAGUCCUUUCCUAGAUCCUAUUCUCAAGGACAUAGCUUUCCUUCAUCAGCUAGGUAUCCGGUUUGUUCUUGUUCCGGGGACACAUGUGCAGAUAGACAAGCUUUUGAAUGAGAGAGGGUGCCAGCCUAAGUAUGUUGGUAGAUAUAGGAUAACUGAUGAAGCAUCUCUAGAAGCUGCGAUGGAAGCCGCUGGGGGAAUAAGAUUGAUGAUCGAAGCAAAACUUUCUCCUGGACCUUCCAUAUGCAAUAUUCGUCGACAUGGCGAUAAUAGUCGAUGGCAUGAAGUGGGUGUCAGUGUUGCCAGUGGUAACUUUCUUGCAGCCAAGAGAAGAGGGGUGGUCAAUGGAAUUGAUUUUGGGUCAACUGGGGAAGUUAAAAAAGUAGACGUAUCUCGCAUGCGUGAGAGACUCGAUGGUGGUUGUGUAGUUAUUUUAACCAACUUGGGCUACUCCAGCUCUGGAGAAGUAUUAAAUUGCAACACCUAUGAAGUAGCAACAGCUUGUGCCUUGGCUAUAGGAGCAGACAAGUUGAUAUGCCUUAUAGAUGGUCCAAUACUUGAUGAGAAUGGACGUUUAAUUCGUUUCUUGCCUCUUCAAGAAGCAGACAUGCUAAUUCGUAAACGGGCUGAGCAAAGUGAAGUAGCUGCUAACUAUGUCAAAGUUGUUGAUGAAGAAGGUUUCAACUCUCCUGAAUAUAACAAUUUUAAUGGAAUAGUCAAACCACCACCUAUUGGGCGUUUCACAGAAUGGCAUAAAACAACCUUCCACAAUGGUGUUGGUUUUGAAAAUGGAAAUGGCUUAGAGUCCAGUGAGCAAGGUUUUGCCAUUGGAGGUCAAGAGCGGUUAAGUCGAAUGCAUGGUUACCUGUCAGAGUUGGCUGCUGCUGCUUUUGUUUGCAGAGGUGGUGUUCAAAGAGUUCACUUGCUGGAUGGAACUAUUAGUGGAGUUUUGUUGUUGGAAUUGUUUAAAAGAGACGGGAUGGGAACAAUGGUGGCUAGUGACCUUUAUGAAGGCACUCGGACAGCAGAGGUGAAAGAUAUUUCUGGAAUAAAACAACUUAUUCAGCCUUUGGAGGCAUCUGGCAUAUUGGUUAAGCGGACUGAUGAUGAGCUCUUGCAAACAUUGGAUUCAUUCGUUGUUGUGGAAAGAGAAGGUCACAUAAUUGCUUGUGCUGCCCUUUUUCCUCACUUUGAGGAGAAGUGCGGGGAAGUUGCUUGCAUUGCAGUAUCUCCUGAUUGUCGUGGUCAAGGACAGGGUGACAAAAUGCUUGCCCACACAUUAGCCUCCCUCAAACAAAUCAAUCAUGAUAUGGUUUCUUAUAUUGCUGAAGCUCAAGUUGCACUGGAAGAAUUAACGAUAUUCUUGGAUGAUGACUCUUUAGAAGCCACUAUUAAAGGCCAAUCAUUCUUUACUCCUUGUGUUUCAACAACCAAUGUUUCUCAAUCAAUUACUAAUAGAAGUCCAUGGAUCUGUUAUGAAAAAGAUUAUAUGGAGAAGAAAGCAUCGUAUCUGGGACUGAAUAUGCUUUUCCUGCUAACUACACGUACAGCAGAUUGGUUUGUGAGGCGUGGAUUUUCAGAAUGUUCUAUUGAUUAUAUUCCUGAAAAGAAAAGGAGAAAGAUCAAUCUUUCUCGCAAUUCUAAGUAUUAUAUGAAGAAGCUUCUGCCAAAUAAAAGUGGAAUUACUGUUGGUGUAAAAUCUGAUUCAAGUUAGCUCCACUUUAUGUUGUCUUUUUUCUUAUUGAUUGGAUGCAAUAUAUUAGGUACUUUUAUAAACAUUCUUAUAACAGUAAGGAAUCUGGAUCAUCAGUGUAUAUCGCAGGCAGGUCUUCCAUUUGUAGCAUUAAGUUUGUACUCUUUUUUUUAUCAGCAGAAACAAUAUAUUUAAUAAAGGGCAUCAA